AUGACAAACUUGGCCAUACUGCCAGCCCUGGGGAUGGAGCCUGAACCUUCAGUGCCCAUGCAGGGCAGCAGCAGUGGAUUAUCACUGCCUGAUCCUCCUGCAGCAGAGACAGAACAGCCCAUACAACAGAAUCGAACAGGUAACUCUGAAUUCUCCCUCCUGGGACUGUCAGAUGAUCCAGAGCUGCAGCCUCUUCUGUUUGGGCUGUUCUUGGCCAUGUACUUGGUGACCAUGCUGGGGAACCUGCUCAUCAUCCUGGCUGUCAGUUCUGACUCCCACCUCCACACACCUAUGUACUUCUUCCUUUCCAAUUUGUCCCUGACUGACAUCAGUUUCAGCAGCACUACAGUCCCCAAGAUGCUGGUGAACCUCCAGACAUACAGCAAGUCAAUCACCUAUGCAGGCUGCCUAACUCAGGUCACAUUUUUUUCUCUGUUUGCAUGUUUGGAGAGUCUACUUCUGGCUGUGAUGGCCUAUGACCGCUUGGUGGCCAUUUGUCAGCCUCUACACUACCUGGUGAUCAUGAACCCCCGCCUCUGUGGCUUGUGUGUCCUCCUAUCAUUUUUCACCAGCUUUUUGGUCUCCCAGCUGCACUACUUAAUGGUAUCACAACUUACCUUCUGUGCCUAUGUGGAAAUUCCUCAUUUCUUUUGUGAUGCUUCUCAACUCCUCAAACUUGCCUGUUCUGACACCUCCACUAAUAACAUAUUGAUCCAUUUUUUUGGUGCUCUCAUUGGUGGUGUUCCACUCUCUGGGAUCCUGUUUUCUUACACUCGAAUUGUUUCCUCCAUUCUGAGAGUCCCAUCAUCAGGGGGGAAGUAUAAGGCCUUCUCCACCUGUGGCUCUCAUCUGUCAGUUGUUUGCUUAUUUUAUGGAACAGGCCUUGGUGUGUACCUCAGUUCCACCGUGUCAUCCUCCCUGAGGAAGGGUGCAGUGGCCUCGGUGAUGUACACUGUUGUCACCCCCAUGCUGAACCCCUUCAUCUACUGCCUGAGGAACAGGGACAUCAAGAGUGCCCUAUGGAGGGUGAUCAGAAGGAUAACCUAG